CUCCGCCUCUUUGAAAGCACUUUAGUUUUCCAUCAGAGUGAGUCAGAAGAAGCGCAACCCCACUGAGGAACUCCAGCAAGACUUCACGCAUAAAAGCUUCAGGAUUUACGCACACGAGCCUCGCGACCGCACCAGCUCCUUUCGCACACAUAAAUUAUGGGACGUGCAACUAACACUAGUUGACAAGGGGACACUUGGAUAGAGAGCGCGCGCAAAGCAUGGCUUGGAUACGCACAUGUUUUUUCCUGUCUUGUGUUGGACAGGUGUUUGCAAAUCCACCAGCCGAGACAAGGAUAUAUUUGGAUAACAUUACGCGCAUUUUGGACAGAUUAUUAGAUGGAUAUGACAACAGACUCCGACCUGGAUUUGGAGGACCUGUCACAGAGGUUAAAACGGACAUCUUUGUCACCAGCUUUGGUCCUGUUUCUGAUGUGGAAAUGGAAUACACAAUGGAUGUGUUUUUUCGCCAAACGUGGAUAGAUGACCGUCUGAAAUUUGAGGGCCCCAUUGAGAUCCUACGUCUCAACAACCUAAUGGUCAGCAAGAUCUGGACACCAGACACUUUCUUCCGAAAUGGCAAACGUUCUAUUUCGCACAACAUGACCACUCCCAACAAGCUGUUCCGCAUCAUGCAGAACGGAACUAUUCUGUACACCAUGAGGUUAACCAUCAAUGCUGAGUGUCCCAUGCGGCUGAUCAACUUUCCAAUGGAUGGACAUUCAUGUCCUUUGAAAUUUGGCAGCUAUGCCUACCCAAUGAGUGAGAUUGUUUACACAUGGAAGAAAGGACCGUUAUUUUCGGUGGAAGUUCCUCAGGAGAGCUCCAGUCUGCUCCAGUAUGAUCUCAUUGGACAGACAGUGUCUAGUGAGAGGCUGAAGUCAAACACAGGUGAAUACAUAGUCAUGACGGUGUACUUCCACCUGCAGAGGAAAAUGGGUUUCUUCUUGAUCCAGACAUACAUCCCGUGCAUUAUGACUGUGAUCCUCGCACAGGUGUCCUUUUGGAUUGACAAAGAGUCGGUACCGGCCAGAACUGUGUUUGGCAUCACCACAGUACUAACCAUGACCACGCUGAGCAUCAGCGCUCGUCACUCGUUACCCAAGGUCUCCUACGCCACCGCCAUGGACUGGUUCAUCGCCGUCUGCUUCGCGUUCGUCUUCUCCGCCCUUAUCGAGUUCGCUGCUGUCAACUAUUUCUCCACCUUGCAGGCCAAUAAGGAACUUCGGCGGGCCAACCUGGCUUGUGCUGCGGCCAGAAGUGAUGGAGAAGUUGUUACGAAUCCUCUGGACCCCGGAGGUGUACUGAAGAAAAGACUGAACUCCCUCUCUCAAAGAGAUGGUACUACUGACAGGCUCUCCAGACCACCACAGCCUGAUCUCCAUCAGCAAGGCUCCACCGUCCCUGCCAACAACAUGCUGAUAGGAACUAGUAUUAUUGACAAGUACUCACGCAUCCUUUUCCCUCUGUCCUUUGGGGCCUUCAACCUGGUCUACUGGAUUGUCUAUCUCACCAAAGACACUAUGGAGUCCAGGGAAGCGUGAGCCCUGUUAGAAGCCACUGAGAAAAGCAACUGAAGACACAGCCAUCUAAUAAACUGAUGGAUGGAUAUUUGGAAGGAUGGAUGAGAGACAUUCAGGGUCUGCUGCUGAAGAUGUAACUGUGAUUGUGCUGAAAGAGGACAAUGUUAACUCUUCUUCACUUUUGUCCCCUCCCUCUCUUUCAGCCCGAUAGCAUGUAUUGACCUCUCAUCGCUCUGGCAUGAAGCUCUCCGACUGCAGAAUGAUUUUCCUCCUCCCUAAAGACAGUCAAGGUGCAGUGGCACUUGUGCCACUCUUGUUUUGACAUUGUCACAUAAUUACACACUCAACCAUCAAAAAAAAAAAAAAAACCUGCAGACACUCACAAUAAUGUGCAGGUAGGACUUUCCAGGUAAUGCAAGCCUUACAAUAUGUUACUUUUACCCUGAAAAGAAGCACUAAGCAACACUAAACUGAAUUAAGGACAUCCUUUGGAUCCAGGUGUGUAGCAGGAUAGUGUACCAUUCUAUCAGAAAAAAACAUUAUUCAUAGGUUACACCUGGUCUUGUAAAUGGCUCAUAUUCUUUGGCCCUUAUGACUCUGCAGACAAUUAUUGUCCAUUUUGUCCAUCUGUGCCUAGGGGAAUUUUCAGUUGCACUAUGUUUUAAAAUAUAUGCACUUACUGUACAGUACUGUACUUACACAACAAAGUACUGAAUAAAAUAAGGUAACUACAAGUUUAGGUAUAGUUUAUGGUUAGUACCUAGUUAUUACACAGUUAUUACAAUUACUAUAAUAAUUACAUUGCAUGUAUGUACAUGCACAACAGGACUAAAAUAAAGUGCUGGAUUUUCCUCUUGGCACACUGUAUAAUUUUGCAGUUUAAGCCGCUGAUGCACCUGCAAUUUGUUUACCGUUAUCUUUGUUGCUUACAAAUACUGCUAAUUGACAGUCAGCCUAAUGUGACUCAUCUUUGCAACAGAAUUUAUAGUUGUGGUUUAUUUUCAGAGUUAAGGCGCUUUAUUUAUUGUGGCGUUUCCAUUAUUUGGUCCACUUCCUCUACACAACCACAAACAGUUCUAGUCUUUCCAGACACAGGAGUGCACCUGGGGCAAAGAAUGCGUGCUAUCUUCAGACAGUAGCUGUUUUCUUGAAUCAUUUUGUCCCACUCUUUUUGGUUCAUUGAACUGAUGGGGGUCUUUUAGGAGAGAGUUUUUUAGGACUCUGUGGUGUUUUUUUUUUUUUUUUGGACAAAGGCAGCCCUCAUGGGGAAAACUAUGAGUAUGUACAGUCUCAAAUGUGUUUUCUUAUUUACACACUUCUAAAAACACACAGACACGCUCUCAGUCCUACAGAUAUUUUUCCCUUUUCAAUAGUGCAUUAGCAGAUUCAGUGCUACUGUGCUUUUUGCCAUUGAUAAAUUGUUCUUCUUAUAUAAGGUGCUAUUAUAAUUGAAGAUGAUUUAUUUGUUGGCCUCUAUCAAAGCAUAUUAUAAAAUGUAUAUUUAAAUACAUCACCGUUCAAGCCUGCUUUGGCAGAAAACAGCAUCUGAAGAGGGUUUCCUGGCAACAGUCUGCCUGCUGUGAAACGAGUUCAUUUAUUUAUGUUGUUUUUAGACCGUCUAUCUCAUUUUGAUUUUUAUUUAUGAUGUUCAGUUCCUAGCUUAUUAUCAGGUGUACUGACUGACCUCUUUGCAUUUUAAUACUCAAGUACAGUAUCACUUAAUAAUAAACUUCUUAAUACGAACCAACUAAUCCAAUUCAUAAACAGUUAUAAAAUUGUCAGUUUACACAAAUAAAUGCGAAUUUGGAGGUUAGUCAAGUGACCAUAGGGAUCCACCCAUGAAAACUGUCCCUGGCCAAAUGCAUGCAAUUUAAUGUGCCGUACGUAUAUGUGUAAUUAUGGGUUAUUUGUAAUCUGCAAAGUCAUACCGUUUCACUGUUUUCUGUUUUGUUUUUGUGAACUGCAUGGCCUCUCAUGCACACACACUGUACACUGAUUGACAGGUUUUCUGACCUGCUUAUCUUUAACAUUAUGCAGAGUUUUAUCUGAAAAAUACAAA